AGCUCGGAAGGGUCAACAAAGAGAAUGAUCGAGGGAUGGAGCGAGCGCGGUGAGAUAAGGAAGAUCAGAUGAGGCAGUCCGAGUCCGUGACCCAGUGACCUCUUUUGCAUUGUUUGUUUCGGCACAUGAGGUCAUCGCCGACGAUCUGGCCUUGGGGGUUCUCAACUUCAGCAUCGAUUUUGUUACACGGUCACUCAACGUGCAUGGCCCCGAGAGGUCGCUGCUAGUUCGCAUCACGAAAGCCCUUACUAUGCUUGCAGGCGAUUUGCCAUUACCAGGUCCUAGCGCCCCUCCUCAACAUCGUUGUCCCGCCGAUUCGUCCGCCCACAAUCGAAUUAUUGCGAAGAGGAGCGCUCCUACAAUUAGGAGUGGAGGCGCUAUAACCGAUGACCGACGGUCGGGCUGAAAGUGCCUCAGGGUCUCAGUCUCGAAGGAGGCCGAAUUUCUCCACGCGAUCGGCUCAAGAGGACGUUUCCAGACUGGCUCCGAGCGAAUCUGCCCAUGCAUCUCCCGAGGAAGGUAGCAAGUAUCUUCACUGGAGAACUGCUUUCUCGUUUCGUCCGCCAGAGUCUUUGGAUCUACCCAUUCACUCACCAGAGAGUCGACAUCAGUCGCUACCGAACGUCCUAGAGAAUGUUUCUCGUUGGUGGAGUGGGCGUGGGAGUGAUGCGAGGUAUGAUCUCCCGAGGGAGAGGAUCCGUCCCCAUCCCCCACCCUCUGGGCCAUUUAGAGAGGCUGCUAUGGGCCAAAAGGAGCGAGAUGGCCAGAAGGACCGCACUUCUGAAAAUCCCGAUAAGCUUGGGACGUUCUCUGGUGUCUUUGUGCCGACUACCUUGAACGUCCUUAGUAUCCUGAUGUUCCUUCGUUUUGGGUUUGUUCUGGGACAAGCCGGUCUGUUAGGGAUGUUAGGUCUGCUAGCCAUAUCGUACACGAUCAAUCUCGUGACCACCAUGUCUUUAUCCGCUAUCGCAACCAACGGAACAGUACGAGGAGGUGGCGCUUACUAUCUGAUAUCUCGAUCGCUAGGCCCAGAGUUUGGUGGUUCUAUAGGGAUCGUAUUCUACUUGGGCUCUGUGUUGAACACUGGUAUGAACGCCGUUGGUCUUGUUGACUGUUUCACACAGAACUUCGGGACUGAGUCUGGUACUUGGGGCAAUUUCCUUGAAGAAGGCUUCUGGUGGCAAUACCUCUGGGGAACUGCCAUCCUGGUUAUGUGUACCGGAAUAUGCUUAGCGGGAAGCUCCCUAUUUUCCCGAGCUAGCAGCGGGCUGCUUAUCAUUCUGCUCAUCGCAACUUUCAGCAUACCAGUGUCUGCCAUAUUCAUGGAGCCGUUCAGUAUCCCGAAGAUUGGAAUAGAAUUUACGGGAUUUCGGGUUCAGACGUUGCUAGAAAAUCUCAAACCAAAGCUUACCAAGGGUGCCGCUGGUAGCCAGAUACGUGGACGAGAAAAUUUCCAGGACCUAUUUGGAAUUCUAUUCCCCGCUACUGGUGGUAUAUUCGCCGGCGCGAGCAUGUCUGGUGACCUAAAGAACCCUAGCAAAUCGAUCCCCAAGGGAACGCUGUAUGGGCUAGCUUUGACAUUCAUCACCUAUGCCAUCGUAAUUCUUGCCAUGGCUGCGUCCAUAACUCGCGAGUCGUUCUACAAGAAUGCCAAUGUUGUUCAAGUUGCCAAUCUUUCCGGCGCAGUUAUCCUCAUGGGUGAAUUUGCGACGAGUUUCUUCUCAGCUCUGAUGGGUGUUAUUGGCUCAGCCAAGCUACUUCAAGCAGUUGCACGAGAUGCUCUGCUUCCUGGCCUGGGUUUCUUCGGCAAGGGUGCAAAGAAGACCGACGAACCAGUUUACGCGAUCAUUGUCACUUAUGUGGUUGCACAGCUCACAAUGCUAUUUGACAUCAAUCAAAUUGCGUCCUUCGUUACAAUGACCUAUCUGAUGACAUUCCUUGUAACCAAUCUGGCUUGUUUCCUUCUGAAGAUCGGAUCGGCUCCCAAUUUCCGUCCGUCUUUCCAUUACUUCAACUGGAAAACUGCAGCAAUAGGCACCUUGGUUUGUGGGGCAAGCAUGUUCUUCGUCGACGGGAUCUAUGCCACAGGCUGUGUUGUGAUAUUGAUGAUGCUAUUCCUGCUGAUUCACUAUACCUCACCUCCCAAGCCGUGGGGCGAUGUCAGCCAAGGGUUGAUUUAUCACCAAGUGCGCAAGUAUCUGCUUCGGCUUCGCCAAGAACAUGUUAAGUUCUGGCGGCCCCAGAUCCUGCUGUUCGUAAAUGACCUUAAUGAACAGUCCAGGAUGAUCUCGUUUUGUAACUCUCUGAAGAAAGGAGGGUUAUUUGUGCUGGGCCAUGUCCUCGUAACAGAUGAUUUCUCAGCUGCUGUGCCAGAAGCCCGGCGCCAGCAGACAGCAUGGACCAAGUUUGUUGAGAGUUCCAGAGUUAAGGCGUUUGUCAACAUUACAGUUUCCCCUACUGCUGAGUGGGGUGUUCGCAAUGUCACCUUAAGUGCUGGUUUAGGAGGUAUGAGACCAAACAUAGUCAUCCUUGAUCAGUUCCGCAAAGGCCAAGCGCUGGGUGAGAGGCUGCAGCUCUCAACUCGGAGGGAAUCAAGUGCAAAGCGCAUUUCGCGUGAGUUGGUACCUGUGAUUUCCGAAGACGGCUCACAGGAUCCCAUGGCCUCAAAAACCUACGUGACAAUUCUAGAGGACUUGCUCUUCAAACUUCGGAUGAAUGUUGCCGUGGCCAAAGGGUUUGAAGACCUUGAGCUUCCCGGCCCACACGGGCAGCAUAAGAAGAAAUACAUCGACCUUUGGCCGAUUCAGAUGAGCGCAGAGCUCGGUGCAGACAGCGAGAGCAAGAAAAAUGUUUUGACCACCAACUUCGACACAUAUACUCUCAUCUUACAGCUAGGUUGUAUUCUUAACACGGUGCCAUCAUGGAAAAAGACAUACAAGCUUCGGGUGGCAGUGUUCGUGGAGUAUGAAACCGACGUUGAGGACGAGAGAGGCAGAGUCGAAGCGCUCCUCGAAAAGCUAAGGAUAGAAGCCGAGGUUAUGGUUUUCUGGCUCGCAUGCGGCGACCUUAAAACCUACCGUAUCAUUGUCAACGGUGACGUCCAUCCGGAGACCGAGGAUCACGAAGCCCGAGUCCACGAAGCCUUGCGCGACGAAGAGUGGUGGCAGGAAGUCCAGAAAGCUCGAAGUGCGCAUGAGACCCAUCACCGAGCCGAAGAAGGCCUUAUUAAGAAGCCGAACGAGCGGAUGCCGACUUGGCCCAUGCAGAGUCCCGAAAGCGCCCCCAAACCAUCGCAUCAGCUGGUUGGUGGACUGAAGAAAUUCAUGGAGUCAUCUAAGCGACGGCGAUCCAUAUCCAGUUUCAAGGGGCUUGGAAGUGUCAGCUUAGGCAUGCAAACCCAUCGUUUGCUCGAUGCCUUUGUUGACUACGAUAGCAGCGACAGUAACACAAGUGAUAGUAGUGAUGAUGACGAAGAAGAAUUUCCGCCUUACGUCGAUGAUGAGGAGGCAGACGAAGAUAUCAACCAGGAUAUCGAUUACGGAACCCAGAGUCCUGGAUCGGGGCAGGCAGGCCCAUCGAAGGCGAAACAAAAAGUUGACGAAGAGGUUGCUCCCGACCAAUCGAUUCCGUCUAUAAUCAUGACUGCAGAGGAUGGGACAUCGCCGAGAAGCCAAUCAAGCGUAUCCCGGCCGAAGGUUACUCGCUCGCCGUCCAGCAGCCGAUUCAGCUCGUCGCCAAUCCCUGAAGCUCGUGUCAACACCGAAGAGGGCGCGGGCCCAUCAAUCAUGUUUGCCCCUAGUUCAUCUCCUCCACGUAUAUCGAACAGAGUUGAUUCCAUUUACACACGACGUUCAUCGUCGGGACCAUCCGUCACGAAGACUGCGUCUGGAUACCCACGGCGGGCGUCAGUUCCCUUGUCAUUCAAUGAUCUCCCCAGUCGGGCACAACACCUGAUCUUGAAUGAACUGAUGAACCAACACAGUAGCGACACGGCAGUCCUUUUUACAACACUGCCAUCGCCGUCCGAAGGCACUGCACAAAGUGAGGCUGCCAGCGCCUCGUAUCUUAGCGACUUGGAGAUUUUCUGGCAGGGGUUGCCGCCAUGUCUGCUGGUUCACAGCAACAGCAUGACGGUGACGAUGAAUCUAUAACGGCAUGAAUAGAAGGGGAUGCAUAUAACACAUACGCCAAGCCAUUAAAUAUACGACCGCCUGUACAAUCAUCAUCUGGCAAUUGUAACUGAAUGUCAAUAAAGACCUGAAGAUAAUCAAACA